GUUCGGCCAGUGCAUACGCGGACGCGGUGAGGCCAGCGUCGCGACGGUGAAACAGUUUGUCAUGGUAAACACGACGCCGGUGAUCGUGAAGACCCACCAAUGUACUGGUUGUUCUUAUCGUGAAUUGAACAGUGCGGAAACGUUGUCGGAAGAUAUAUCGUUGAUAUUUGCGGAGAUAUCGAGUUAGGCGGCUGGUCAAUCCGGUGUUUCAUUGUACUGUUGUACAGAAUUGUUUUCAAGCUCAGAAUGUUCUAAGUGAUAAUGGUAGUGUGUAAAUUGAACAGCUUUGCCCACUAACCCAACACCAAAUCAUCAUCAAAAAAACUGUACAUGCCUGUGACCAACCGUGUCCUGUGAACAAUCCAACAACAAAAUAUCAAUCGAACGAUCGACCUAAAAAAAGUUUGAUCGGGAUGUGCCGGAGGUGAGUUCGUGUCGCCUCGGCCUCGGGCUAGUGAUAACAACUAACAGGUGCGUUAUCUUAUCUGAAAAAGGAUAGACGAUAUCACAGUGGUGAGGAGAGGAGAUUCAGAUCAUUAGUAAGAAGGCAGUGCCGGUGUGUCGCGUGUCGGUAAUGUUGAAUUCGUUGGAGGUGUUGGCCGGGAAACUGUCGCCCAGGCAAAGUUCGGGAGUUUCAGCUGGCGGGGGAGGACGAGGCGCUGCAGCGCAUAACCACCACUACAGCAGUUUGCUGGAUACCAACGCCAACAGGGUGCAUCCAUAUCUGAAAAACGCCGCGCUUAACAAACUAGCGGCGCUGAGGGAAAAGGCUACCCUUUUGAACCUCGAACUACUGAUUAGGCUUAAAAAUAACGCCGCUAGAAAGCUAUUAGACCCCAAAGAAGUUUAUAAACGGUACGUGGUUUUUGCUGUUUAA